GGCGAAAUCAGCUGACUCCUCCCCUCAAAGUUUGUUUUUUGCGCGACGGGGAAAAUAGAGAGAAAAAAUCGAGAAUAAAUAGUUUUUUGUUGCAUAAUUUAGCCACUUUUGGGAAGUGGCAUGGCACAGAAAAUGUUGUCAUUCCUCAGGAGGAUCUCUGAGUCUGACAGUGGCAGUAAAGACAUGGCAUCGACAUCGAGUGCUGUCCCAGUGGCGCGAGAAGCUCUUCUCUGCGAUCUGGGCUACCAGAACAACGAUGAUCUCAGGGAUACGAUCUAUGAUUUCUUGAGAACCAUCCGUGACCCCGAGAAGCCACAAACUCUCGAGGAUUUGAAUGUGGUUUAUGAGGAUGGAAUCUUCGUUCAGGAACCAACAGAGAACAAUGUUCAGGUUGUCCGGGUGGAAUUCAAUCCAACAGUUCCUCACUGCUCCCUGGCCACGCUCAUUGGCCUCUGUAUUCGUGUGAAAAUCGAACGGAAUAUCCACCACAGACUCAAACUGGACAUUUUUAUCAAGAAGGGAGCCCAUGCCACGGAAGAAGAGAUCAACAAGCAAAUCAAUGAUAAAGAACGGAUCGCAGCUGCGAUGGAGAAUCCAAACCUCCGUGAACUCGUAGAAAAAUGCAUCAUGGAAGAGUAACCCUUUCCCAGGACAAAUCUUGGCAAUAAGUGAUUUUAUUAUUAUUUUUUAUACUCAAAUAAAACCUCUUUAAAAUCUCCUAGAACA